AUGCCUGCUGAUUGGACCGAUCCCAAUGACCCGACGUUGUCGCAGCGGAAUCCUUUUCAAACAGGACAAAUUGCUGAAGUACCCAGAGAUGUGAAGGCACCCGUUGUUUACGAUCCAACGUUACGGCUCAUUUUGCGUCAGAUGUUCAAAGAGCUUCGUGUUGAUCCAUUGGAGAAGACUUUCUUUUCGCGCAAUGCAAAAGUUUCUUUGUCUUCUCUGAACAUGAAAGUUAUUGGAUCGUAUCUGGAGAUGGAUACUCUGGAAAAUGAGCUAUCUAUAAAGGAGCAAUAUGAGGUCGACAAGCCACCUUCGAUUUGGCAAGAACUGCUCACGAUGGCUCAACCAUGGCUAUCUUUACUCAAUAUGAUUAUUCUCGCUCCUGCUUUAUUCUUCCUUUUGAAGACAAUAAUGAGGUUAGUAUCAACAGGGAGAAACUUGUGCUUCAUUCUUAGCUGA